AUGUUUUCGUCUGCGCUCAAAUCCCUGAGCUCUAACAUAUCGUCCAACUACCACAUCUCUCCACACCCCACCGUGGUCUCCGGUCCUUGGAAAAUCCAUGAUGGGAAGAAGAAAUCUACCGGAACCACAGCGUCAAUCUUUAUAUUCGACAAGAAGGUUCUCGAACCAAGAUCAAGUGGACUUGGUAGUCGUUCCAGCUCUUCAACCAAAAAGCUGCAAGAAGAUGUUGUUGAACGCCUGAAGCGGGAAGCGAGCAACCUUGCGCGGCUCCGGCAUCCGUCUGUCCUUCAAGUGCUGGAGCCUGUCGAAGAGACUCGUAAUGGCGGACUCAUGUUUGCUACAGAACAGAUUACCGCAUCUCUUGCAGGACUACUGCAGACAAAAGAUGCGCAGGAGAACACUUCGAGGAUCGGCUCCAGGUCCAGCCGUUACAUGGUGGAAGAGCCCGACGGCACGCGCAGGCGAAGAGACCUCGAGAUCGACGAGCUAGAGAUCCAAAAGGGCUUAUUGCAAGUUGCCAAAGGUCUCGAAUUCCUCCACGAGUCUGCCGGGCUUGUCCACGGCAAUUUGAACCCCGAAGCCAUCUACAUCAAUGCCAAAUCGGAUUGGAAAAUCUCUGGCCUUGGAUUUGCCGGCCCCGCGAGCUCUACUGAGUCGCGUUCUACUCUCCCACCUUUGGCUCUAUCAGAAGUUCUCUACCAAGACCCACGCCUGCCUCAAUCUGUGCAAUUGAAUCUGGACUAUACUUCGCCCGAUUUCGUCCUCGAUACCAACGUCACUCCUGCAGCGGAUUUGUUUUCACUCGGUCUUAUUAUAGUGGCGCUCUAUAACUCACCCCAUGUUUCCCCGCUACAGACGCAUUCCAACGUGAAUACGUACAAAAAACUUCUCAGCUCUCCAUCCAGCACUCCCUCCCAAGGCAAUAACUUCUUAUCUUCGGGCCCGAUUCCAAAGGACGUCCUUUCUCACGUUUUACCCAGGCUGAUAACGAGAAGGCCUGCUCAGCGUCUGAAUGCACGCGAGUUUCAGCAAUCUCAGUACUUCGAUAAUAUUCUGGUCUCGACCAUUCGCUUUCUGGAGUCUCUACUUGCGAAAAAUGCCAACGAAAAGUCGCAGUUCAUGCGUGGGCUUCAACGGGUCCUGCCAGAGUUUCCAGCCUCCGUGCUAGACAGAAAGGUUUUGGGCGCCUUACUGGAGGAGCUGAAGGAUCGUGAGCUUUUGCCGCUUAUUUUGAGCAAUGUGUUUGCAAUCUUGCAGCGCAUUCCCAAUGCACGCCGCGCGUUCCCGGAGCGAGUGAUACCUCAGCUCAAAGAGGCUUUCCCGACAGGGAAAGGUGCUGUCCAAGACCGCGACUCUAAAAGAGAUGCGGGUCUUUUGGUCGUCCUAGAAAAUAUGCACGUCGUGGCAGAUAAUUGUUCUGGAAAGGAGUUCAAAGAAGACAUCUUGCCCCUGAUUCGUCUGGGACUCGAUUCACCCACACACACCUUGGCAGAUGGUGCAAUCAAGUGCUUACCGGUUAUUCUCCCGGUCCUUGACUUUAGCACUGUCAAAAACGAAGUUUUCCCGCCUAUAGCUUCGACUUUUAGUCGGACUAACAGUCUUGCCAUCAAAGUGCGUUGUCUGGAAGCAUUCGCUUCAUCCAUCUUAGACAAGUACACGAUACAAGAAAAGCUUGUCCCGUCAUUGAAAGCCAUCAAAACCAAGGAACCAGCUGUCAUGAUGGCUGCUUUGUCUGUCUUCCGCCAAAUCAAAACCGUGGCGGACACCGACUUUCUUGCUCUGGAAGUCCUCCCGGUUCUCUGGAGCUUCAGUCUCGGACCCCUCCUUGACCUGCGUCAAUUUGGGGAAUUUAUGACUCUAAUCAAAGAUAUCUCCUCGAAGAUCGAAAAAGAGCAAACAAAAAAGCUCCAGGAGCUUUCGUCCGGAGGAGAUACUGGAGGGUUCCAGAACGGCACUGGGUCUUCUUCAGCAGCCUCGAUCUCGACGGGGCAGUCUAACAUGGACAACACGAGAGACAACUUUGAGCGUCUUGUUCUAGGACGAACGGCAGCUACGUCCAAUGAUCAGGAUAUUGACCAAUGGGGUAGUCUCACCUCAGGCCCUCCUGCAGUGCAGUCUAGUACUGCUCAACCGACAUCGCCUGCAGGCUUCUCCUGGCCUUCUAGUACUACAAGUCCAGGUGCGAAAGGGAGCAUGCUCCCGGCGCAAAACAAUCUCAGCAUGCGUUCGAUCACUCCUGAUUACAGCUUGAACACAUUCCCGUCUCUAGCACCUGCCACUCGGGCAAAAUCUCCCCCAACGCCAUCAUUUCCUACUCUGCAGCCUUCGCCUUCUUCAUCGUGGAGCAUACCAAACCCCGCAACUAAUCAGCAAUCGACUCAGAGAUCUAAUGUUUCGGGUAUUUCUCUGGGAGCGUUAGCGAACAUGAAGACACAGGCUCCUAUGCCUAGCCAAGCCACUCAAGCUGCUCCCAAUUACUCUGCAUUUUCAAUCCCUCCGCCUCCGUCGGGCCACAGCUCCGUUGGAUCGUUUGGCAGUCCCGGAGGACUAGCUAAGCCGGGGGGCUCGGCUUUUGGUACAACUGCCUCCUCCAAUGCGUUCCUAAACAACAGUGCGCCACAAGCAACACCAAAGCAAGGCCUCGAUAAGUACGAGAGCUUGCUGUGA